CUGAGUAGUCAUUGGUAAACACAAAUUGUUGCAGGAAGCAGAAAUCCAUCGACUACAAUUUCCAACAGGAUACCAACAAAAAUUUGGGCUAUUUCAAACAGUGUAAAGGUGCAAGUAAUGAUGCGAAGAUCCCGAACAGCCACGAGCAAAGUUGUGAAGUACACUGACGAUGACUCCGACCUGUCCUUUUCUCAGACAAUGAGUAGUAGUGAAGAGGAAAGUGAGGAAUGGAGGCCACCUGAAACAAAGUCUAAGGUACCCAGAAAGACCAGUGCUGCUGCAGCAGAUGAGAAAAAAAGAGCUGCCAAGAGCACCGUAAAACCAAAGGAGCCAAAAGCUCCUAAAGUUCCUAAAAAUCCGAAGCCAAGGGCGCCAAGCAAAUCCACUGUUGAAACAAAAACACAGUCCAGUACAGCUGUCAAAGAUUCUGGUGUGUCUGGUUUGGCUGGCACAAAGAGGAAACAAAAUGAUAGAAUAAACGAUAGAGACAAAGAAGAGAAACAAAUGGAUGGUUCAGUGGGAGGAAGAGCUGAGGAAAGUGGACCUAGCACCAGAAUGAAAGAGGAGAGAGUGUCCUUCAUUGUGUCAGACACCCAUGCAGACAGAUGGGCAGAUGAGGGGCCAUCUUUAGCCGGCCUCAAAGCAAAGAAAGAGGAAGUGGAGGAGGAGGACUACACAUUUGAGCCGUGUCUAAAGAAACCGAAGACUGCUGGUCCCUGCCUGGGACAACCAACAACUUUACCACCAGCACAAGCACAAGCUCUGAAGAGUGAGCUCAAUAUGAAUUGGGACUUGAUUGAGCUUUUGUCCACCCUGACAUGUGUGGAGCAAUGGGUGUGUUUAAAUAUCAUUUCACUGCUACGCGAAGAGAACACGGUGCCAUUCAUGGUGCGCUACCGCAAAGAGAAGAUCAAUCAUAUGGAUGCUGAUGCAGUCCGUGAUGUCCAGCUGGUAUAUGAGGAGUUAUGCACUCUGGCCAAGAAGACCCAGUCAGUGAUUCAGACCCUUAGGAAGGAUGGAGUUUUGACAUCUGAGUUAGAACAAGACCUGAGGAGGUGUCGAUCAGCUGAUGAACUUGAUCAUGUGUAUUCUCCCUAUAAAAAAGGCAGUAAGCUGUCAAAGGCUCGCAAAGCUAAAGCGCUUGGCCUUGAGGAGGCCACCUCUGCACUGAUGGACUCGCCACACACGAUGGAUUUAAGAGCAUGGGUAAAACCUGAUACCCAAGGUCUGUCAUCAGUGGAAGAAGUGGCUACAGGUGUGGAACAUAUCUUGGCUGAUAUGAUAGCUAAAGAUCCUGAGACACUGACCUACGUAAAAAAAUUGUGUGAGAACAACUUUGUCAUGAUCCAGUCCUCUGUGUCUAAGUCAGCGCAAAAGGAGAAAGAGCAGGAGACCCCGGUACAAAACUACAGAAAACCAGAUGCCCAGCAAAACAAAAACACAGACAUUGACAAGUUCCACCUCUACUUUAAAUUCACUUGCAACAUUGAACGCAUUCAACCCCACCAGACCCUGGCAAUUAACCGUGGCGAGAGUCUGAAGAUUUUGACGGUCAAGGUGAACAUUCCUGAAAGGGUGAAGAGUGACUUCACGAGGUGGUGCAUCAACAACAGGUGGAGGCCAAGAACAUUUGCGAGAGAAGAGCUUUGUGUUAUCAUCAAGAAUGCAGUGGAGGACUCUUACAAAAGGCUUAUUAUUCCUUUUCUCACCAGAAGUUACAGGAAUAAGCUGACAGUUGCAGCAGAGAAAGAAUCCAUUGCCUUGUUUGUGCGGAACCUCCGCCAGCGCCUGUUGGUGUGUCCAGUCAGGGGUUGUGCCAUCCUGGGGGUGGACCCUGGCUAUAGACAUGGCUGUAAGCUGGCAGUCCUCUCCCCAACUGGCCAGAUACUCCAUACUGAUGUUGUCUACCCACAAGUAAACAGGCACAGAGAAGCAGACAAACUGUGCCACCUCAUGAUCAAAUACAGCUGUACCAGGGUUGUCAUUGGCAAUGGGACAGCGUGUCGUGAAACUGAGUCAUUCUUUGCUGACCUCAUCUCCAGGCGCCGCUUUCACCCUCUGGAUGUGUCAUAUUGUAUAACUAAUGAGGCAGGAGCGUCCAUCUACAGCGUCAGUCCUGAAGCUGUCAAAGAGAUGCCAGACUUGGAUCCUAAUAUUAGGAGUGCAGUGUCCAUUGGAAGGCGUGUCCAAGAUCCUCUAGCUGAGCUUGUGAAGAUUGAUCCUAAACACAUAGGCAUCGGAACAUAUCAGCAUGAUGUAUCGGCUGGAGCUCUGAAGGCAGCGCUGGACGGUGUGGUGCAGGAGUGUGUGAGUUUUGUUGGGGUGGACAUCAACAUCUGCUCUGAAACACUGAUGAGACAUGUAGCAGGUUUGAAUGUGGGCCGGGCGAGGAAUAUUACAGAGUGGAGAGAACAGAAUGGUCCCUUCAGCAACAGGGAACAACUCAAACUGGUCAAAGGCAUGGGGCCUAAGACGUACCAGCAGUGUGCCGGCUUCAUUAGAAUCAACCCACAAACUCUACACAGUGCAAAGUCCUCACCUCACCCUGGACCGUCGGUGCCAGAGAAACCAGCAGCUAAGAAGGGCAGAGGAAAGACUUGUGUCAAUAUACCAACCUCAUUUAACCCUCUGGACCAGACCUGUAUACACCCCGAGUCCUACCAUGUGGCACAGAGAUUCCUGUCCCAGUUGGGUCAAAGCGUAGACCACAUUGGCAGUGCCGGCCUGCGACAGUGUGUGGAACGCAAGGUUAAGACCAGCAGUGUUGAGGAACUAGCCAGGACAGUGGACACCACACCUGAGACCCUCAAACUCAUCAUAGAUGGCCUCACACAGCCCCCUGGGUUUGACAUACGACAAAAUUUUGGGCAGGCGGACUUUAAGCGGGGCAUUGUGACGAUGAGCGAUCUGCGGGUGGGUGCAGUGGUGACGGGCCGUGUCGACAACACCACUCUGUUCGGGGCUUUUGUAGAUAUCGGUGUGGGCCGCUCUGGCCUCAUCCACAAGAGCCACAUCACACUGGACAAGCUGCCUGUCAGCCAGCGCCGUCGCAGCCUUGCUCUGGGACCAGGUGAACGUGUGGAGGUCCGAGUCCUCAAUGUGGACCCUCAGAGAGGACGGAUCAGUCUGGACCUGAUCAGGGUUCUAGAAUAGACUCACUCAUUACCAUUACAAUUCCUUUAAAAUUGGAAUUGAUUCAUGACUGGAAAUUACACACAAGACUUUAUUGCAAACGACUUCUUGACGGUUUCAGUGACUGUAAUUAUUUGUGGCAACUUGCAAAUUAUAAUCUGCAGUUCUGCAAUUUUUCCUGCAAGAUGGUCCAGUCAGAGACAGUUUGUUCGUUUAGAGCCAGAUCACAUCAGUUACAAGUUCAGUGAAAAACAAACAUACAAACAGACUUCCUUUUGUUUCAUAACCUGAAUAAUGCUUCCUGUGUAUUUUUUUUAAGUAGACGAUGAUGUGGACACUACACCAGAUUCUGCAGUUUCAAGAACAACUUUUUUUUCUGUUCAUCAAACCUUGAUUCUGGCUUGCUAUCUGCACUAACUUACAUUUACAGAUUAUUUGACUGUCAUGGUAAAAACCUUUGAGUUUGGGCUGUAGCAGUUGUGCUAAUAACUUCAUACUUAAAAAAAAAAAAUAGUUUAAUAGGUAAGGUAAAUCAAUAUUCAACUUUUGUUUUGUACUGUCAUACACAGUUCAUUAAAUACACAUUUUCAUGUUUGUGUUAUUAAAAGUGGACUUAAAUGAAUCCGUCUGUAGCACUCAACGUGUAAA